AUGUGUAAGAUUAAGGAUGGAUGCUUUAUCACUGACCCAUGUUCUCCCUUGAGAGCGCAUUUUUGCACUCCGAGAAGCACUCCAGAAGUGGCAAUGCGACGAAUGGUUAUCAAGAAAUGUAACGAUUUAAGAGAGGAUACUGAACGCAGACCUACUUCUUCAGUUGUCGACGAAUUAAUAGGAGAAAUGGCUGCAGAAACUUUUGAUGAGCUUUCCGACGCCGGCAAACAAGUUAUGGUUGAGAAAUUAACAAAACUAACUGAAAACGCAUCGAAAACCCUAACACGAGUUUUCCAGUGGAAUAUGCAAAAAGCUCAAAGCCCAGUAGCCGUGUCGCUAGGAGAAGAGGUUUGA